CACAAUCCAAAGACCCUGUCUAUUGUCCUGGCUACGUCGCAGGUCAAACGCAGCUUUAACUUUGCAUCAUUUGCAAUGGAGGAAACGAGUUUUUGAGAGUUCCAAUGAAUCAAACACUUCUCCAAGAGCCUCUCGAACCCGAACAGCUCCCGCCGCCUCCAUUACCUUGCAUACGCUUCUUUUCUAAACCCCGCAACCUGCUUAACGACCACAGCUUCGAGCAAAACUAUAGAACCACAUGCACUCUCCUCCUCUCCGCCACCCGCUCGAAAUGCCUCUCUAAUGGCUUGGCCUUGCACGCCCACACUAUAAAGUCCGCAAUCAACACAGUUCCAUUAGUCUGCCAUCACCUCAUAAACUUCUAUUCCAAGCUCCAGUGCCCAUUUGAGUCAACGCUCGUCUUUGCAGAGUCCCCAGUCAAGUCACCCACCACAUGGAGCUCCGUUAUAUCUUCGAUGGCCCAGAACGAGACUCCUGGCUUAGCUCUUCAGUAUUUUCGCCAAAUGAUGCGUUCUGGUGUCAGGCCCGACGAUCAUACUUUCCCGUGUGCCACCAAAUCUUCCGCCAUGCUUUCUGAUCAUCAUCUCGGGGGAAUGAUACACUGCUGUUCGGUGAAGACUGGGUUCGAUUCGGAUGUGUUCGUUGGCAGUUCCUUGGUGGAUAUGUAUGCCAAAUGCGGGCAGAUAGAUGUGGCUAGGUAUGUGUUCGAUGAAAUGCCCGAGAAAAAUGUUGUUUCUUGGAGUGGGAUGAUAUGCGGGUAUGGUCUGGUGGGCGAGAACGAUGAGGCUUUAAGGCUCUUCAAGCUAGCUUUGGAGGAAGAGUUGAAUGUGAAUGACUUCACUUAUUCAUGUGUAAUCCGGUUGUGUGGGACUUCCACUUUGCUUGAGUUAGGGAGGCAGAUACAUGGGAUAUGCUUGAAAACUAGCUAUGACUCAUCCAGUUUUGUGGGUACUUCGUUAAUAUCUCUAUAUUCUAAGUGUGGGCUUGUAGAGGCUGCUUAUCAAGUUUUCAAUGAAGGUUCAGUCAAGAAUCUGGGCAUGUGGAAUGCAAUGUCACUAGCUUGUGCUCAACAUGGGCACACCAAUAAGGUUUUCAACUUGUUCAAACAAAUCGAAAGAGCUGCUGGUAUAAAGCCAAAUUUCAUCACAUUUUUGUGUGUGCUCUAUGCAUGUAGUCACGCAGGGCUAACUCAAGAAGGGAAAUAUUAUUUCGGGUUAAUGAAAGAUUACGGGAUUGAGCCAGGGGAUCAGCAUUAUGCUUCUUUUGUUGACUGCCUUGGACGAGCUGGAAAACUACAAGAAGCCUUGAAAGUAGUAGAAGAAAUGCCCAUAAAACCAACUGAAUCUGUUUGGGGAGCAUUAUUGACCGGUUGUCGCAUUCACAGGAACACUGAAUUGGCAGCGUAUGUGGCUGAUAGGGUUUUUGAACUGGGUCCCGUGAGUCCAGGCCUGCACGUGCUACUAUCCAAUACAUAUGCAGCUGCUGGUAGAUAUGAAGAUGCAGCUAAAGCAAGGAAGAUGCUGAGAGAACAAGGUGUGAAGAAGGAAACUGGUUUGAGUUGGGUUGAAGAAGGAAACAGGACACACAUGUUUGCUACUGGUGAUAAGCGUCACGAAAGAUAUAAGGAGAUAUACCAUAAGUUAGAUGAAUUAGGGGAUGAAAUGGAGAGGGCUGGUUAUGUUGCAGAUACUAACUUUGUGUUGCAACAAGUUGGUGAUCAAGAGAGGAAUGAAGCAAUAAGGUAUCACAGUGAAAGAAUAGCCAUUGCUUUUGCACUUAUCACAAUUCCACCAGAAAGGCCGAUUAGAGUUAUGAAAAACUUGCGUGUUUGUGGUGAUUGUCACAAUGCAAUAAAAUUUAUGUCCAAGUGCACGGGGAGAGUAAUGAUUGUGAGGGACAACAAUCGGUUUCAUCGGUUUGAGAAUGGAAAGUGCACAUGUGGUGACUAUUGGUGACUGUAUAGAAUAAAAAACUCAUAAGCUGCUAGUAUUCAACUGUUCAAUCAAAGAGAUGACAUGGUGAUAAACCCAGCUUAUUUUGACACUGUAAACCAAGGGCGAAAGUGAUAAAAUCUAUUGAGGAUUUUGAACUUUCUACACUGCCACAUGGAAAAAUUCAUUGUGAAGGGGGUUAGGAAGUUGCUACAAGAGCAUCAUGUAAAUCAAACAUAUCAUUAUAUCAAAGCAGCUUAUCUAUCUGGGAUGCAUUACUCAAUGUCUUGUGAGUAUUGUGCUUAUAUUCCUAAAACCUCAAGUGGAGGGUCUUUGCUCGGGGAAGAUUGCAAAAAGUUUGACUAGAAGACACUAGGAAAGCAAUUGGAAUUGACCAUAAGGGACAGCAUGUGAUGUCUCUUUACAUGUAUAGGUUUUUUGAAUGCGUUAGGCGGUUCAUGCGGUUUUCUUGGACCCAAUCUUGUUAGCUAUCUUCUUCCCUUUUGCUUCUUUCAAAUUCUUGACAUGGGUCAUUCUGACUUGGUGGAUAGAAGCGAGGAAAAAAUCCAUUUUUGAUAUAUUCAAGCAUAAUAUGCCAGGGAUAAUAUCCUUUAUCCUGGCAUAUAUGGAAAAUCUACUCAGAUAUGAUGUGGGGAAAUAGAUCUACAGCUCCAUCAUCGGAUGCAUUGAUUUAUCAAAUCAAAAGAUUUACACAAGAAUGGUCAACCACUUUGAAGAACUUCAAAUCUAAUCUGGGUUAUGAGUUCUUACUCUCAGAAAAUCUGAUUCCUCCUAAUUUCAAGAAAGUAAAGACUAAAGGUUUGCUGGUAAGAUGGACUCGACCUAAGACUGAAAUGAAACUAAAUAUUGACGCCUCAUACAUACCUAGGAAAUCUUCAGGAGGAGCUUUGAUGCGGGUCGAUCAAGAGGUCAAAUGAGUUUAUUUAUUUAUUUAUUUACAUACUAUAACUCAGAAUGAUUGUUUGCGAGCUUUUCAAUCAAAACAUGAAAGUUUUGUUAUUCUUUCUAUAAUAUGAGAUCAUGGCCUGCAAUUGACAAGGAUGUGAUGUAAACAAGGUGGUGAAGGAUAUAAUAUUUGCUCAAGGAUACAAGAAAUACUGGUAUUUCGAGGUAACCUUGAUAUUUCAUGUGAUACUCUGUAAUCUCAUUAUAUGGCACAAUUUUGGAUUUCAUAUGAUUUAGAAUUUAUGAUAACAUGAUCAAAGGAAUUAUUGGUAAACUUCACUUUCCUAAUAUGUCUUCAAACAAUUUUUUGGAUAACAUGUUUCAGGAUUUUCAUAAGGGACGAUUGUGGGAGAAUAAAUUAAACUUGCAUUGAUUAUAUGAAAGUGAAUUUUUAGAACCACCCUGAUGUGCCUUCAUCAUAGAACCUAAGGGAAGAUAUUAGUUUCACCCGACAUUAUCAUACGAAAUCUCAAUGUGUUGAACAGUUGAACUAAUUAUUACUCCGUAUAAAGUUACAUUGGGCGCAAUAAUAUAUUUUUAUUUAUUUGGUGAGAUGUAGAGUGCUAUGUAGUAGCAACACUAAUUUUUUACUCCUGUAUAGGACCAUAGGUGACAGUUGACAAUAUACACAAUAAAUUUAAGAGAACUUUGUCAACAGUUAGUAAAAUAACCCUGAAUUGAUUAAAGCAUAGCCAUGCAGUAGGAGAGUUGAGUUGUGUAGAUUGACAUUUGACAGUUGACAACAUGUACUAGAGAUGUCAUAUGACCUUGCCGGCAGUUACUUGAAAAACCUAAAUUGAUUCAAUGAUAGCAAAACAGUAGGGAAAUUGUGGUUCUAUUUGGUAGUGCUUUUCAUCUUGUCUAUGCAGGUCAUUAGUGUGUUGAUUUUCACAUAGCAGCCGCACUGGGUGUAAACUUUCGCCUCAAUAUCGAUAGCGUUUAUGAUGGAAGUAGAGAGCAUUGGUUGCCUAAAUUCGAUGUAAUUUGACUCAUACGUAGUAUUUAUCUGUAUUGGAACAUUGGUUUCCUGUUUUUCACUUGGUCAUACUCUUUUAUUUGUAUUGGGUCACAUUGGAAGGCUGAUCUCUGGUAAGCAGAAGUUGGUAUAACGGUAUACCUAAAGGUUGUCAUCAAGAUUCAUUAGGAUGCUAUGUCACCUAUGCUGAUACAUGUUAUGUAAAAAAGUAUAUCACUAAUUGCAUUAGUUUCCAACUGCAACUCCAUUAUAGACUUUAUAGUUCACUCGUAACAGGGCUGCUGCCAUUUCUCUC